AUGGCGGCAGCAGGAGAGCCGUCGGGCCGAUGGCAUCGCUACAAGGCUGCGACCGAUGCCUUUCUCGGCUGGCUGCAACGCACGACAGCCAAGAAACAUCGGAAGGAGGCCCAGGCGACGGCCGAAGCGUGGACCACGGGCCAAAUCUGGGCAGCAGCCAUCACCGUCGCCGAGGCAGGCGUCCCAGCUUCCCGGUGCUUGCCGCACGAAGAAGGCCACAUCUACUUUCUCAACGUGCUCCGAGCGAUUCAGGCGAUGCUAACACCGCUCAAACCACCGUCGCUGAUACCGACGACGAGGUCUGGUGACGGGCUCUCGAACGUGUUUGAAGCACUGGCUCUGGAUGACACGGGCGACGAUGCCGCCGCUGACAUGCCACCAUUUGAUGGCACCAAGUUUGUGCCACCUGAAGCUCCGACGCCGGAAGAAGCCGCGCGCGCCGCUCGCCAGGCGCAGCUGGAGGCCGAUCGGUUCCACGCCCUCUGUUCCCUUCGGGAUCACGGCGAGACGUCGCUCGUGGCUGCAACAGCCGUCACCAACCAUUGCAUCAUCGUGGCGCAGUCGCUCUUCUCGGAGCUCACGCUCGAGCUCCCGUACAUCGAGUCGAUUGAGUGUAUUGACGUGCUUCUCGGCGAUAGCGAUUCGCUGCGGUAUCUUGUGUUUCAGCAAGGCUUGCCGCUCUGCGAUGCCGUCGAGAUCUGCGUGCUCGCGCGCAACAUAGCCGCACGUGAUGGCCAUGCUGCCUCGCUUCCAGUCGCCCAGGCAGCUACGUUAUCGGAGAAGGAAGCCAUGGAGCUUCACGCGUUCUUCAUGAACGAACUCAGCGUUCUGGUGUCGACACGGCACGGCAGGGACCUCAUGUUCAUUCAUUAUGCCUUCAAGAGGCCUUAUCGCGACGCGACCGGCGACCUCCACUGUGAUUCGACCGCAUUCGAGGUGCUCUCGAGUCUCUUUGUCGCCAAAGUCGUACCGCGGCUCGCUGUCUCGGUCCGAGCCGACGCACUCAAGCUCGUGCCAGAGAUCGUCGGCGUGAGCCCGUUUCUCCCGGUCUUGAAGGUGUACCUCGACAACGACAUCGGGAUAGCGCCCAUGAUGCUCGUCUUUGCGACGACAUGUCUCGCGCAAGCCAUGAGCAUCGUGGACGGUCCCGGCUCCGAUCAUAUUACAUGCGCCUCGGUCGCUGCGACCACCUCGGCUGCGCUCAAGCAGCAGUUCAAGAGCGUCCUUGUGUGCCGCCAAGGCCGCCGCGCGGAACAAGCAAGCGCGAGCAACAAAGCGGACUCGCAACUCGACGCCUUUCUCGCGACGGUAUCGGGGUCGUACCACGCGACGCUCGGUGUUGUGACCAAAGACGCGCAGUUUGCCUCCGACGCCGACCGUGCGCGGUGGUGGCUCAACCCGUACAUGGCCGGUCAGUUUCUUCUCGCGGGCGCGACCUUGCUCAAUGGGGCCCCGGGGCAUUCGCUGCUGAGCACGGCAAUGAGCGACAGUCGACUGGUGCUUCACGUCUACAACGCGCUGCGCGUCUGCGGCCACGUUGAACGCGUGCCCGAGUUGGAGAAACUCGUCGACUUUUUCGCCAACGACAAGCGCAUGUGGCCGACGGGUCGGCCGACGGCGCCCGGCGCGUUUACGACAAGCUACAUGAUGACGGACGGUGCGCCAUUGGAGACGAUGGCGCGGAUGACUGCCAUUACGAGCGCGCCAUUCGAGCGCGCCUCGGCGGCAUUCGAGGCGGCCACCGCCUACCGCGAGAAGCGGGAUCGUCGCAACAAGCUCCAGAAGGCCCGCGGCACGCCCACGCUGCGCAAGCGCAAGACGACCAACGCAACGUAUGUGGACCAGUGUCGUACGUACCGGUACGCCACCCGCGCCGAGCCUCUGCCGCAAGGUGCGAGCCUCCCCAACCUGCGCGAAGUUCGGCGCGUGGUCGACGACGAGUGGCGCCGAUUUCUGCACCUCGACUUGAUCGCUGUCAACAAUAUCUUGACCGACUUGGCGACCGACAUGCUCGCGAUCGUGAUCCAGUCGCCACCGCUAAGCAUCAACGGCAACCGCGAGGGCUCUCGGCUCGUCAAGAGAAACGUCACGGAGCUCCUUGCAAUCUGCGAUUUCGGUGUCGGCACGGCGAUGCUCCCCGCCAUCGCCACCAUCCUCGUGGCUGCAAACAGCAAGCUCCGCGAUGCCCAUCUCGUCCCAAUCGAUCGAUGGGAUGAUCAAGUGUAG